GUAUAAAUUAAUUACUUGCCACUCCUGAUUACCCUUAACUCCACGAAUGUCAUUAAGUGAGAGAGUUGGAAUUGUGAUGUUUUCUGCAAUUGGAUAGUGGCCGUGUGAAUGUUAAAAAAUGAAAAUUAUCUUUUACAAACAAUGCGAAACAAAUUUAUAAAGAAAUAGUUUAAUACUAGCCAUUAUAUUAACAGAUUAAUCUUUGCCCUUUUCAUUCUGUUUGGUUAUUUCUUGUGUGUUUUUACCGUGAUGUUUAGUUGUCUGUGACUAUUUACUUUUAAAUUGUGAAAUGGGAAUGUUUGUUAUUGGACACAUAGAGUAAAUAAAGUACUAUUGAACAGUUAUAUUUAUAACUUUAAAAGGGCAAAGCUACGACCUUAAAGCAUUAUGUUAAUCUGUUAUAAUGUUUAUGUUUCUUUUGUAAAUUUCGCAAAUUUUUAAGGGACGCUUUUAUUAAUAACAAAAUUUCAGUUGUACAGUUGAGCCAUGGAGGUAGAUGACAUACUCAUGCACAUUUUUGGAAGUGUUCCACUCAAAACUGAUGACCAAAAUUUUGUGAAUGAUACAGGCCAUACGUCGCAGUGCCUGGAGAGAGCGCGCCAGCUCGUGGCGAGGGCGAUGCAGGAACACCCUCUCCCGGAGUCGCGGGACGAGGCCGACGCCAGGGAGGGGAGGCUGGGCCCGUCGCUCGUGUGCUUCGACACCUCGUCCUACGUCGGCCUGCUCGUGGUGGGGAGCGACCGCCUCAGCAUCAACUCCCAGAGCAACUUCAGCACCAUCAGGGCCAACGUGUGCGUCUACAAAGGAAAGUGGCAGUAUGAAGUACAACUGGGUUCGAAAGGUGUGAUGCAGCUUGGUUGGGCUACCAGCAAGUGCAAGUUUUCUCAGGAAAUAGGAGUUGGCGACACUGUUAAUUCAUUUGCGUAUGAUGGUAGCCGACUACGCAAGUGGAACGUUGCGACGUACAAGUACGGAGAGCCUUGGUUGAGUGGAGACAUCAUUGGCUGCCUUAUUGACAUGGACGAUGGAACCAUUGAAUUCUACAGGAAUGGAAACUCAAUGGGUCAAGCAUUCAGCAACAUUCAAGUUGGUCCAGGGAGAGCAUAUUUCCCUGCAGUCAGCUUGGCCUACACGGAGAACCUGGUGGCUAAUUUUGGAUCAACGCCGUUUCGGUACCCGGUGCCGGGCUACGAACCAAUCCAGCAGACACCACACCUUGAAGUAGCCCGUGCCACGCAGCUCUGUCAUUGGCUGUCAUGCUUGCUGGAUUUGUGCGACCAAAAAUUUGAGGUGCUGGGCCCGGAGCAGCAGGGCGAGGCCGCCAUGUCCGGCGAGGCACUGCUCGCGAUGCUGGCCCUGGAGCUGGUGGGGCCCUUGGCGCCCCUGCUCGGGCGCCCCUACGUGGUGGAGCAGUGCCUCGUGCCCCUGCUGGAGCGGCUGAGCGGGCCGGGGGGCGAGAGGCCGGCCGCCGGGCGCAAGUUCACCAGCCUCCUGGACUUCCUCUGGCUCUUCCUCGAGGACUUUGAAAUGAGUGCCAUACUUGAAAGCUCAAUUUUCUGCCUGGUUUCCAAUUUCCGACAUGUGUCGUUCGGCUUGGAAUACCCCACGCAGAAGCGUUCUCUUCUGCUGGUGACGUUUCUUUUGCAGCACACUGCAACUCGUCGAUACCUGCUGGAACACAUACUGUUUGACAGAAUACGGUUCUUCAGCUUUCUUCAUGUUAAGCCCCUGGAUGAUAGAAGCUUACAAGAAGUGGUUAAAGACCCCUGGUGGGACACGCAGGGUGAAGAUCCAAAUGUUGAAGCAAACAAAGAGGCGUACCUUGCAGCAUGCUGCAAGAUCAAGGAUGCUAUUGCAACCUUGGAAGAACUGCAAGUGGAACUGCUGAUAACUCUCUUGGACAACACAGAUGGCACGCCCACCAGACCGUCCUCCCGCAUCAUAUUCCUCUCCAAGUUCCGUGCGUUCCUGCACGAAAACAUUCUCAGUCAGAUUCAGCUGCCCAUCGCACUCUGCUUUUUCUUUCGGCUCCUGGUCACGUUUCGCGAGCUGUGGCAACGAGAGAUGUUGGGCCAGCCAGUAGUCAUCCCUGCUCGAUACUUUUACGAUGGCUCCAUUAACUACGAUGGAAUCGAUCGUUUGGGCGGAGUGGUGUCACACCUCAACAAAACUCUGAGGGAGGACUUGAUCCGUGUGCUUGGUGCAGAUCACAGAGUCAUAUCGUCUUUGAACCAGUCAUCGACUGACCUUCGCUCUUCAGAAUUCAACCCGACAGCGGCGUUCGUCACGGGGCCCCCGGCCGUGCGCAUCGAGAGUGACGGGGCGUCGUCCAUCAUGAUCCCGGUGCUGGCUCACAUGCACAGUCCCAGGCAGAUGAUCGUGGAGCACCUGGCCCAGCAGAGGGAGACCGUGCUGCCGGCCAAGGUCACCACGUCCAAGACGGGCAACGCCGACCCCAGCGCUUCUCUGCUGGAGCUGCUCGACGGCUUGAUACUGUUCUAUCACACCACCGCUCACAAGCAGGUGGUCAAGGUGAGCAGCCUGCGGGACAGCAUGGCGGACUACGCGGGCGCAGUGGCGGGCAGCAAGGCGCGCCUGGCGGCAUGCGCGGCCGACCGGGAGGUGGAGGCGGAGCUGCGCCGCGCCGUGCAGGUGCUGGAGGGCAAGCUGGCGGAGCAGGCCCGCGGCAUGGCGUGGGUGCGGGCGGCCGUCUACUGCCCCGCCAAGCAGGAGCAGCUGGCGUGGCUGCUGCGAGUCGCGUUGGCCUCCGUGCGCGGGGCCUCCCGCGAGGGCCGGCUCUUCAGCUACGUGCCCGAGUUCUACCUGGAGGCCUUGGUCGGGCUGUGCGCGGCGCUGCGGGGCUACUUCCACCCCACCUGUCCCAUCGAGGCCUUGCAAGGUUACAAAGAAUUUCUGGUCGAUAUGGCAGAAUUCUUAUGUGAUCACUUUGCUGACCAAAGAAUCAUUCAUGCCAAUUCCAAAGAUACAAUGAUCCAAGCCUUGGCAAGUUUUGUGUGUAGUCAGAUGACACUGGAUGCACUUGAGGAAGUCCCUCAAUCAAGUCGAAUAAACAUGGUUCAUGCAUUGCUACGCCCGUAUGAGAACCGAGCGUGGGCACAGAGCAACUGGGUCUUGCUGAGAAUGUGGCAGGGCUGCGGGUUUGCGUUCCGCUUCAAGAGGUCCCCUCACCUCUCACGGAAGCUUGGCCCUAAGAUCUUGCACCCAGACAGCAGCCUUGCUAGCAGGGCGUGGAGUCCAUGUCCAUCACAAGUUUUCCAAGGUCACAUUCGAGAGGUGAUGUUGAGUAAUGAAACAUUGUCUACAUCUUUCCUCAAUUCGCUGUUGAAUCAGCUGAACUGGGCAUUUUCAGAAUUCAUUGGCAUGCUUCAAGAGAUUCAGAAUGUGUCCAACAGACCAGAGCGGGUGUUUAUUGAAUCUCGACAGUUGCGCAUCUGUGCCACCUGUUUUGACCUGGCUCUCUCCCUCCUGCGGGUUCUGGAGAUGGUUGCUAGCGUUGCUGGAGAGAUCUUUAAGGAUCCUGCAAGGCCGUCCUCCGAGCUUCUGUUGUCUCGCCUCUGUCAGCUGCUGUGCCAGGUGCUGAACCGGGUGAGCUCGCAGGCGGGCUGCUUCCAGCAUGUGGUGCAGCUGGAGAUCCCGGACCUGGAGACGGUGGACCACUUCCCCAUCCUGGCCGCCGUCGUGGGAGUCCUGCUGGCGCUGCUCUCGGAGGAACUGCAGACCUUCUCAGAGGAUAAACUGGGGGUGCCAAUUGUGUCGAAGGUGUUGCUGUCUGAACCAAGCUUCCAGAUGGGCUCUCUGAGCUUCCUGUUGGGAGAUCUGCAGAAAGUCAGCAAGGACAAGAAGACUCGUGCUUUCUCAUUCUCUAAUUAUUGUGAUGACGUAACUGUAGAAGAAGUUGAGGAUGUUCGCCAGAUGAUAGCCAUGCUGGAUACUUACUCAAAAAGGCUCUCAGAUGAGUGUGUGGUGUUGGAAGAGGACUUGUGCACAAUAUGCUACGCCUACCCAAUCAGCACAGUGUUCGUUCCUUGCAACCACAGAUCCUGCAGAACGUGCAUCACUCACUACCUCAUGAACUCCAAGUGCUGCUUCUUCUGCAAAGCUGUGAUCGAGCAAGUUAUCAGCGUCGACGGCUCGGUGCUACACGACUUGCGAACCAGUUCUGAUACCACCCAGACUGAUUAACUGACUCUUCUUCCUAGAUCUUACAUUAAAGCCUUGUUAUAUUACGUAUUUAUUAACCUUCAUUUAUUUAUUUGUGGUGCCACUUAGUUUUAGUUCAGUAUUUUGCAGUAUUACUAUGAAAAUGGUAACACAAAUUAUGGCCAUUAAGUAAAAAAUACUAAUUUUAAUUACCACAGUUAUUUUUUUGUGUGUUCAACUUUAAUAAUUCUAUAAUGAUUUCCUAGAUUGUUUUAGGUAUCAUGAAUUACAAAAUUGUACUUGUCAAUUUAAUACUUUGUGAGAAUGAAGUAAUACCGUAACCUGCUGUUUUAUGAAAUUGUAAAAACUUUUCCAGCAGUUCAAUUUUUUAAAUGUAUGUGCUAGUUAUUUUGAACACAGAAACAAUAUAAAUUUUUGUAUUGCACUAUAUAAUUUUUUGCCAAAUUAUAACACUGUUUUGAUACUUAA